CUAGAAUUUGGAAUUCUUCGAAAAUAUAUUUUAUUGGAUAUAUAUUUUCUAUUAAUUUUAACUAAAGACACGCAAAAAGCAUCUAAAGAUUUGUGAUAAUUUAUUUAUGAAAAAUUUAAUAUACUUACAUGCGCAUUAUAGAAAUGGGUCUUAAAAAAAUCGAUAUUAUUUCGCGCGACGUAUCUAUGUAUAUUCGUAUCACAGGUCGGGAGAGAUUGUGGUAUUUAAUUUUAAUUUGACAUAAUAAACCAUAAUAAACAACUGUUGUCCGAGCAAAAGUGUGAAGGUAGUGAAUUUUUUGGAACAACGUGGACAACUAUAAUUUUUAUCGAUAUAUAUAUAUAUACAUCUUGCGAUCAGCUGGACUUACCGCGAAUAAUCUGGUUUGGAUUAAAUCACCUGGCAUAAUUUUUUCACAAGACGAUUGGAGCCAUCAUUAUACGUCGACGAUGUUGCACGUACACUCGUGUUUCGCGAUUUCCAACGAUCGUCCGAGAUAUCGGUUCUUGUGAGAUUAUUUAUCGGAAACGUGAAGUCAAUCUUCGUGUACGAGAUGCAUUUAAUCGAACAUGUUCUAAACAUUUCAUGAAAUCGUUAGAACGUCGAUUUUAUACUCGCCCCGCGUGGCUUGUCAUUAAUAUUUAAAUCCCCGUUGUCUCAGAAUGGUUCUGAAUCGUAACGAUAAGAGGAAGAGGAAAGAGGGAGAUUUGGUGGAUCUUAUGGAACCACUUUCAGAAUCUCCAAAGAGGACCAAAGUUCACGCACAAAGAAAGUUUGCACAAGGUGCAAAUACAGUGUUUAAUACAUCACCUACACCUGUCAAGGAUAAAGAGAAAACUAAACCUGCCAUGAUGACAGAAUUAAUAACUCAUAAACGUCCAAAUACAGAGGACUUUCUAACGUUUUUAUGCUUCAGAGGAACAUCCAUUUUGCCAGCCAGUUUGAAUUUCUUCAACGUUGGUAACAAAAAAGAGAAACAAAGGCCUAUAUCAGCUCGUGCUUCUGCAGAUAAGAUAUCAUCCUGUACUAGUACUUCUAUAGAAGUCCAGAAACAAGACACAUGCCAGAAGAAUGUGACAAAAGUAAAGCCUGUUGUCCCAGAUAAAAAGAAAGUGCCUAGUACAAUACACAAAAACAUUACCAAACUUAAAACAGCAACAUCUACAGUUCAAGCGCUUAAAAAGAAAUAUCAAGAGCAACGCCUUGCUAAACAGAGGAUCAAGAAUAAAUUCAAAGCCACAUGUGUUAUGAGAACACGAUCAUGUACAGAGAGAUCUAUGAUGAAGGCUGGUAUUCAAUUGGCGCCGAGAAAAUUCUUACCUGGAAUUGAAACAAAGAGACAUGGCUUGAGAAGUGGUGUACUGCCAGAUAAAGGCAACAAAUCUUUAUCAAAGACAAAAAUCGUGCCACCUAAACCCAAGAAGAAAGUUAAUCUGAAACUGAAAAAUAACGACACAUAUACAGAUGUAUCUGAAGAGGAGCAUGAUGAAAAAGAUGAUGAAGAAGAAGAGUUACCUAUGGAAAAGUCGACAUCACAAAUAAAACGUAACAUACAAAAAAGUAUUCAGAAAAAGAUUUGUACCAGAAGUAAAUCAGAGAUGAGAAGAGUUACGAGAUCACAUAGUGGCAUAAUUUCUUCGCAAAAUUCCUCUAGGAGGCCUACUAGAAAAACUAAGGAAGCAGCUGCUGUGUAUAUGGAAAUUCUUGGUAGAAAACUAGUGAGCCCGGAUCUAGAGAAUGAAGAUAACAUUUCAAUCGAGAGUUUUCCCGAAUUGCCAAAUGCUCGUAGGAUAGCGCAAACAGAAAACGAGCUCAAAGCCAAAGUAAAACAGACUAGUACGAAAACUGUUAGUAAAACUAAGGAUUCUAAGGUUAAUUCUUUUAACAGUAAUGGUAAUAAGCGAUUGGAUAAGAGCAAAAACAACAAACUAAUUCUAAAAAGCAAACGUCUAAUGAGAGUGCAGAGAUAUUGCGAGGAAGAUAGUGACGAGGAAUCUGAAAGCUCGAUAGAAACAAACAAUACGAGACCUAUUACCAGACAAAGUCUUGGAAAACUUGACAAACCAAUUGGUAGGAGCCUCAGAUCGUCCUCCAAAAAUACAGCUGUACAAUCAGAAGUACAAAGUAACACAAAUAACAAACCGAAGAUUCAAGCUCAAAGUUGUAUAAAAUCUGCUAAGGAAAAAUUUGUGAUGAAACGUAAACGUGAUCAAAAUUUGUCUAAAACAUCAUCGUCAGAUAAAAUUAGUGAAUCGAAACAGAAAUGUUCUAAAAAUGAUCAGAACAAAAACGUGGAAUCCGAAGAGGAAACAUUGGGAAUGUUGCUCAAUAAAAUGAAAAAGAAAAAAGAGAAUGAUGGAGAAGGAGAAGAACGGAUUUCGGAUAAUAUUAAUAAUAUGAAAGAUAGCGAGACAAUUUCCAAUGAUGCACAAAACACGAAUAUGAAACCGGAUCUGCCAAAAAUAUCGGACGAUGAGGAAUCGUUUCGCGGAUUUACUAAGAAGGCGAUAUCAAAAGUUUUGAAUUCGUGUCAUGCUAAUGUUAAUUUACUAGAAUCAGAAUCCAAUAACAAAUUAAAUUUAAUCAAAACAGACAUACCAAAGCAAACAGCGAGUCAGAGCACAACUUUAAAUAAUAAAGAAAAGACUUCAUUGAUCGAAGCUAGUUCCUCAGUCGCAAAUAUAUUAAAUGACGAAUACAGUAUAUGUAUGCAAGAUCAAAAAUCGAUAUUGGAUCUGUCCCUCAAAACACAAAGCUCCUUAUUACCAUCGAUUGAACAGGUACAGAGUAAAAAGUGUAAUCACGAGAACGAGGUUUCUCCUAAUCUUAUAGAUAUGCCGUUGUCGACUCUGCACACAAGAAAAGAACGGGUAAAUAUGUCGACUGAACAAAUAGAGAAGUGGCUGAACGAAAGCUCACUUGCCAAAGAAGAGAGCAAGCUGGAAAUGGAGAAUGUUGUGACCUUCAAAUAUGAGCCUGCGGAAAAGUUGAAGGCGGAUGUUUCGCAUCUGUCUAUCUCGACGAAGAUCCAGCAUCUAGUACGUCCCGUCAAUGUAACACUUUCGAAAUUAGCGGAAAAGAUAAGUUUGAAAGACCGUACUGCGAUCAUGCAGAACAGAAAUAUAAUACCAGUAACAUCCGAUGUACAUAACGUCGAAGCGAAACAGCAGAAUACUGCCAAUAAAAAUAAGAUUAAUACCGAGUUUGUGAAAGAAAUUGUUAAGAAUAAAUGCGAAAAGACAAGUAAGGAUACUGUUCUCGCUGAAGAUACUAGCGAUACUGUGUCAAAGUCGGAUCAAAAUUCGACGGACGGCUCUGUAGAGAAGAAAUCACCGACGGAAAAGAAAAUAUUUCAACUGCGAAAAUCCUUUAUACCUAAAGUUAAACGUAAGUUGGUAAUUCCGAAUGCGAAUGCAUUUUCACCGGAGAACGAGAGUAGCGUUUACGCGUUUGAAAGUGACACCGAGAUUCCCAUUAACACACCCUUCAGGAGGAAGAUGAAGGAUACCACGAAGUCGAUUGCUACAACCGCAGAGACCAAAGUAAUUGCUGAAACUGAUAAAUCGAAUUUUAAGAAUUGUGGAGCAUCGACGGACGGCAAGGAAAAACCGCCGACCGAUACUGAGACACUCGCGAAGAAAGAACAGGAGACGCAAGGCCCGAUAAACACAACGAAUACGACACUGAAUAAGUUUGAACUGCCCAAGAAUUUCGCAGGCUUAACCAAUGUUCAAGUAUUACCGCUCGAUAAGCUCACGACGAGUUGGAGCAACGUAAAUUGCAGUGCUUCUAUAGCGGUGCAGGUAAAUCUCGACGAGACUACGCAAGAACAAGAGAACGAUGCGAAUCAGCAGAAGAGUACCGAGAUAUCUACUCAGACCGAAACGAGUAACGAGAAUGAUGACGACAACGACGGACAGCUAUUUUACAUUCCGUUGCAAGCUGUUACGAGGAGCGGUCCGAACUUGGUACAAGGGCAACAAUUGAUACAAGGUGUAGCUGUUAAACUCGGCACGGAAGGACCGACCGGUCCUAAUCAAAGAGUACUACUUCGGGCUAAAUUGGUCACUAAGCCACCAUUAUCCGUAGCGCGUUGUCCACCGAUAGGAACGGUACAGCCGACAACGCGUACUCCACCCAAUCCCACGGCGACCACAGUUGAGCAACAACAAGUUCCGUCGACCUCAACGACCACAAUUGUUUCGACCGCGGUGACAAGUAUGCCGGAGACACAACCGAUAUCACCGGUGAAGAAUGAUAUUUCGGUGCCAAACUUGAAUCGUCCAAAUGUCAGUACGAGCGCCAACAACAAUUUGGAGAAACUUACGAAGUCUCCAAAGUUAUCUAGGGAAAGGAAAACUUCUAUAGAUUCGACAAAAAGUGGCAAGAGGACGCAAAUGAAAUGCAAACAGAAAACACCUGAACUGUACUCCUCAAGUAAUAACACACACUUUCCAAGUGCGAAAAACGGAAAUAAUGAGGCCCGCGUAGUUGAGGCACCAACGUUUCAUCCAACAGAGAAAGAUUUUCAGGAUCCUUUGGAAUAUAUAGACAAAAUAAGAUCGAUUGCCGAGAAGUUUGGAAUAUGUAGAGUCGUGCCUCCACCAAAUUUUAAACCAGAAUGUAAAGUAUCUGAUGACAUGAGAUUCACCGCUUAUAAUCAAUAUGUACAUCGCAUGCUCCAUAGAUGGGGUCCUAAUGUAAAAGAAAUGAUGGCUAUUAAGAAAUAUUUAGCCACUCAGAGUAUUACUUUAACUCAACCACCAUGGAUUGGUGGGAUGGAAGUUGAUUUACCUCACUUGUAUCAAACAGUUCAAAACUUGGGUGGAUUGAAAGAAGUUAUUGAAAAGAAAAAAUGGCAAAAGGUAGCAGAUGGUAUGAAGAUACCUAAAUCUGCACAAGAUCGUGUUACCAAAUUAGAUGAUAUUUACUGCAAAUAUUUAUUGCCAUAUGAUACAUUAUCCCCAAAGGAACGCGAGAAAUUGUUUGACGAGGUUGAAGCUGAAUGGAUGAAAAAAGAAAGCAAAACUUUGCAAAGGCAGGAAGCGUCAUCCAAUGAUAAUGAUGAGGAAGAAGAAGAUGAUAGUUCUGAUGAAACUGAAGAAUGUAUUGUGAAGGGAAGAAACAUGCCGUUGAACGCUUUUUACCGAAUCGCCCGUAAUACACAACGUAUGUGGUUCGGCGAAAAUCAACGAGGAAACGAAGCCGAAGGUGCUUCAGCCGACGAGGUGGAGAGUGCGUUUUGGAAACAUGUCGCCGAAAGGAAACGUCACGUCUGUGUACACGCGGCGAGCAUCGAUUCAAGCGGUCGUGGAUUUGGCUUUUCCGUUGCCAAAAAUAGCCCGUUCGCCAGACACUCCUGGAAUCUCAAAGUACUCACUAAUAAUGCCGGAUCGGUAUUGAGAGCCUUGGGCCCGUUAAUGGGUGUGACCGUGCCAACGCUGCACGUGGGUAUGUUGUUUAGCGCUUGUUGUUGGUAUCGCGAUCCACAUGGUCUGCCAUGGAUAGAAUAUCUACAUACAGGUGCUAAAAAAAUUUGGUAUGGGAUACCCGACGAACAUAACAACAAUUUCCGAGAGGCACUCUCGAAGAUGGUACCACGAUAUUGUAAAAAUAAAACUAUAUGGUUGCCUUCCGACACUGCCAUGGUCCCACCAGAAUUGUUAGUCAGUAACGGUGUGCCGUUAUGUAAGACCGUGCAAGAGCCGGGACAGUUCAUAAUUGUAUUUCCAAAAGCGUUCACGUCGAGUAUAUGCACCGGUUACGUUGUAUCCGAAAGUGUAUAUUUCGCACAACCAUCCUGGUUGGAAACAGCCGAACAAGUAUUCAAGGACAUACAAGACAGUUGUGAACCCUCUAUUUUUUCAUUCGAGAGGUUAUUAUUUAAUAUUAUUAAUGAUACCAGAUCUCAUAUAGAUAUAUUAAAACAGAUAUUGCCGAGCGUAAUCAAGAUCCGUGAGAAGGAGUUAGAUUAUCGUAAACAACUGGAAAAUGUGGGUCUUAAUAAUAGAGAAAGAUUGCCUCUGCCAGAUAGUGGAAAAGGGAAGAAAGGAAAAAGAGUGAAAGAGGAUGAUGGCGAUUUCGAAUGUGAGACAUGUAGAGCCAAUUUGUUUGUCUCAUUGAUGAACAAUUCGCAAGAUGAUAGUGUUUACUGUUUGCCACAUGCAUUGCAAUUAAUCAAUCAUAAAAAGCAGAUUUUGAAACAUUGCACUCUAAUGUAUACCUAUGACGAAGACGAAUUAGAUGGAUUGAUUCGUAAAUUGGAACACAGGAUUGAAGCCAAAUCUAAAAAAACUAAUCAAAUAAAACAAAAUAAGUAAAAAAAAGAUAGGUUUGUUAUUUAAUUUAUAAAGGAUGAAAGUUGACUAUUAUUUAUUAAUCAGCAUUAAAAUAAUUAUUAGAACUAGGGAACGUGAUCACACUGUCUUGCUUAUUAUAAUAGAUGAUUAGAAAAUUUCAUUAUAUUCAUAUACAAUGAAUGUAUAGUUUAUAGUAGAAUAAUGUAAACGAUCUUAUAUAUAUAUAUAUAUAUAUAUAUAUAUAACAUACACACAAAAUAACUGAAACUUUCUAUUAUAUUAUAGGAUUUGAUCCAAUAUUCUUUAAUCGAACAACACUCCAACUACAUUAUUGUAUCUAUACUGUAAUUUUUUGCGGUUUAUUUAAAAAAAAUAUCCAUAUUAAAUAUAAUUACUAAGUAUUAUAGAGCAAAUUCCCAAAGAGGCGAAAAAUUAUGUAUCUGUAGUUUUUAAAAUUUACCAUGGUGUGAUCUUGUCUUGACUAUUUCUACUUGUCCUAACUUUAUUGAUUGACUAUUUCUUGAUUUUAGAUUAUAGAAUAUUAAUAAUUGCUUGUGAGAGUAACAUAUAAUUUUUUUAUAAUUAUAUAUUAUUAUUUAUUAAAGAGACAUAAUAUACGUUGGAAAUAAGGUUUUGUGACAAUAGAAAAAUAAGGCUAUUC